AUGUGGACUCAAUUUUCGCUUUUUGGUCUUUUUUUGAGUUUCGUUGUCGGUCAGUAUAACAAAGAGUUGGAAACUGCAUUGUUGAAAACUUACAAUCGAAAGCAUCGUCCGGUUAAAAAAGAGUCAUCAACAGUGUCGGUGCAAGUGUUUCUAACAAUUACGCAUGUGGAGAAUGUGAACGAGCACGAGCAAACAAUGUUAGUGCACGGAAAUCUGUGGGCCGGUUGGACAGACGAGUACCUUUUAUGGGAUCCUAAGGAAUGGAACAAUACAAAAGCCAUAAGCAUCGACACAUACAAGAUCUGGCAGCCAGCACUUUCAUUGUACAAUAGUGCUAAAGCAAACGCGUGGUACUUGUACAUGCAUGGAUUACCGGCGAUGAUCAAUUGGCAGGGAAAAGUUUGGGCAAAUGGAGCUUUCUCUUUUCAUGUCACUUGUCUUUUCGAUUUCAGCAAUUGGCCUUAUGAUGAACAGGAAUGUCCAAUUGUGCUUGCUGAUUGGGUCUAUGAUUUGGCUAAGGUCAAUCUGUCAGAUCCGAUGGGUGAGAGUCCGUGGGCAAAACCGCAAGUGAAGCUCAAUUUCGAUCCGAGUAAUAAAGAAGAGAAAAGACAUGUGGCCGACCUU